AUGGCUCCCCGGAAAACUGCCGCCGCCGGAGGCAACGACCAAUUCCCGACGCUCAAGCUCAUAAUGGAAAAGGGCCCGCUUUCGGGCCAAACCAAAGACUUCAAGCCCCGAAUCCAGAUCCGCAUCGGCCGGCUCGUUCGCGGCAACACUCUGUCCAUCAAGGACGACGGCAUCUCCUCCAAGCACCUCCUCAUCGGAGUCGAUACCGCAGCCGGCGGCUGGGCCGUCACCGACCUAGAUUCGUCUAACGGCACUGUGCUGAACGGCAAGCGCCUCGAGCCGUUGGAGCCAGCUACUCUUUCCGACGGCGACGUCAUCAAAAUCGGCGAGCAGACUUCAAUUAAGGUCAAGUUCGAAGCUAGCGCUGGCGAGACUGAGGUCAGCACUUCUCGGAAUGUGAGGAGGAACGCACGUCGGGGGGUGAGGAAACAGGGGGAGGAAUUGGGGGUGAUAGACGAGAAUUCAGAGUUUGGGUUUGAGAUUGAAAAUGAGAACAAUUUGGGACCUGGGGUUAGAAAUGAGAAAAAUGUUGAUUUGGGGGUGAAAGGUCUAAAAUUUGAGGCUGUUGAUGAGGAAAACGUGAGAGGGCGAAGGACUCGUGGUUCGAAGGCUAAAGAACUCGAACACGUGAGUAAAGAAGAAACCAAUAGCAUGGGGAAAAUAAGUUCAAGGAGGACGAGAAAUUCUGAGAAGAGCGAAAAAGUGGAGAAUUUAAUACAGGAUUUGAAUUCAGACAUGAACAACAAUUUGGAGCCGAGUGGGGUGAAAGGUGUCGAAAGAGUGAGCAUGAGGAGGACUAGGAGUUCAAGAAAGGAAGGUAAUAUAGGCGAUCCUUUAAUAAAUUUGAGCGUUCUUGAAGGAAAAAAGCCACAAAAAGGUACAAGAGGAAGGAAAAAUAUACUAGUAGAGGCUCCUUCAGAUGUAAAAGAGAAGGAAGCGCCAAAUUUGGAGGAUCAAGAAUUGUUAGAUGAAGAGAAAGUAAUGUCAGAAGUUGAAGUAGACAAGCUGUUAGAGAGUGAAACUCGUGAGAGAGAAAAUGCUACCGCAUUUGCUAGCACGUCUGGUGUCAAAGAUAAUGGGGUCAGUGUUGAAAUUGGUGAGAUUGUGGCGGAUUUGGAGAAAAUGACGUUGGGUGAAUGGUUUGAAUUCUUGGAAGUUUAUCUUCCCAAACAUAUUAUUGAUGAGACGGAGCAGAUGAUAUCUGAGAUGAGGAAAAAGGCGGAGAGGUUGAAUGAAUUUAUGCUACAGCAUAAGAAUGCCAAGAGCGGUGUGGUUAUGGACUAG